UCGGGCCCUCCAAACCACCUGGAGAGCGUAUGGAAGAGGCUGAAUCUAGCGAGGUAUCCGAGAUCUCCCAAUACCCCCCGCCCUGAGUGCUGGAGGUUGUACGCCAAACUUUGAACCGGAACAACGUGCUCGCAGUCUCACCUGGGUUUGGUUUCCCGUGGCCAAGCGUCUGGAAGAUCCGAGCACGCCGCAAUUCCGAGGCGGAGAUUAUCUGAGGAGAUUCAACAUAGGUAUAUAUUGUUAUGCUUUGCCCAUGAUAUCUCAAGUCGUGUUCCGCGGACAUUUGCUCUGCAGAUUUCUACUAGCAGGAGGAAGGAGAACUGAGGGUGUGUAUGUAUCUGCGGCCGAAAACUUUUCAUUUGCAUGCACCAAGACAAGUUUUCCAGAAGAUUGUCGCUAUCUUGAGAAUGAAAGAACCCCAGUAAAGGUAUCCUUGGGUUCUGAAGCGGCGGCAUUCCGAGCUGAGAUUCACACUCGACGAAGUCCCGUUAUGUAAUGUUCUCGAGAAGUUGUACCCGCCAAGGUUCGAGCAAACGAAGAGCUGCGGUAUCCAGCCCUCCAGACGACCACUUGCUGGCAGUCGGCGAAAACAAGCGAGCUCCUGGCGGCAGAGGUCGGAACAGACGAAAUCGGACAAGGCAGAUAGAUCAUGAUAAAGAGCUGCAAGGUUCACACACUUGUCAUCCCCAUUCUGAUGUUCGGCAACAACUGGUCAAUAAAUACCAGUGCCACUGACCCAUGCGCACUUCCUUCCCCGCAUGCCUGGACAACUAGCUAUCAACCCAAACAAGGCCGGGUGCUCUCUACGGGUCGUCAUCGUCGGCGGUGGGCUGGCCGGCAUCGCCCUCUCCUUCACAUUGCAGCGCGCUGGACAUGUUGUGACGGUGAUGGAACGCAGCGAUGGGUCGUCUCGGGUGGGUGGCGCCCCGUGUGUACAUGUUUCCUGAGAACUGAUGUGACUGCCUUUGCAUGCGCUCAGAGUCUGACUGGGAUACGGUCGCCACCGAACAUGACGCGCAUUCUCAAUCACUGGGGUCUGGGGCCUCGGCUCGCCAAGACCGCAGUCAAGUGCCCCGAAUUCCUCUUCCACCAAGCCAACGGCGAAGUUCUCGGCGCGAUUCCAUUGCACGAGGAUUUUCUUCGGGAUCUUAUGGCCGACUUCCUUUUCCUGCAGCAUGGGGAGCUCAAGACCAUGCUUCUAUCUCUCGCGACGCGCGAAGGUGUGGAGUUUAGGUACAACACCGAGGUUGAGGCGGUCGACGGCGAUGCCGUGAGCGUGAGACUGUCGUCCGGCGAGACGGUGUACGCGGACAUCGUCAUCGGCGCCGACGGGCCCGACAGCAAGGUCAGGAAUCUCGUGGCAGGGGAAACUAUCCUGGGCGAAAAAGAUGGGAAUAUGAGCCUUACUAUGGCGAUCCCUACCGACCGGAUGCGGGAUGAUGAGGAUCUGCGGGCUCUGACGCAAGGCGGCAAGUGGUGGGUGUGGCUAGGCCCGAAUCUCUUGUUCCAUGGCAGCCUGAUAUCCGGAGGGAAAUUGUUUUCCAUCGUCAUCGGCUUGCGCGACGUCGAACCCGAAAAGAUUGCUAAAUAUGAGGAGUCAUGGGAGAAUGAAUACGAUAUCAAUGAAUUCGGCAUCGAUUGGAGCGCAUAUGAUAUUCGAGUCCAGAAGAUGAUGAAGCUGGUUGAGAAGGUGACUGCGAUAGUGCAUGUCAAGCGACCGAUCCUCGAGUCGUGUGUUUGUGAUCAAGCACGGAUAGUCAUUGUGGGAGAAGCAGCCCAUCCCUUGGUAGUGCGUCUGUGCACACUGUCGACGUCUUUUAUGCUAACGGCACAUUGCAGCCUACCGGUCAGCAUGGUACCGGACUGGCCAUCGAGGAUGCAGAAACAAUGGGUGCUCUCUUCUCCAGGAUCCAAAAUCGGUCUCAGAUCCCCCGGAUGCUGUCAGCGUACGAGGAGCUGCGUCAAACCCGGUGCAAUCACGCGCAGGACUACGAGGGCCGCAAACGGCACAUGCUGAGUGCCCCCGCGGGACCGCAGCAAAAGGCGCGGGACGAGCGCAUCAGACGAACCGCCGCAUUCCAGGGCGACUGGGCCCAUCUCGACGAGGCGCGGUUCAUGGCGAUGUGGGGCGACGAGAUCCACAUGUUUUCGUACUCUUCGACGGAAAGCGUGCAGGACUGGUUCAGCAAAUGGGGUGGACUCGCACUGGCGCCCAAGUCGGGGAAAUUGGAUCCCAUCUCGCCAACGGUCGAGGUCAACAUCUCGUCCGGUCACCCUCGGCCGACGAGGAAACUAAGCUGAUGAUGCCCCAAGACGAAUCGAAUCCUUCAUGACCUCUGACCGCGCAUUAGCGUCGGUUGUAUCUAUAUGAUGACGCAUCAACAAUGUUGUAUAUAUAUCACAUCUGGCUUCCCAUUGCUAUCAAUCUCCUAGACUCACAAUCCAAUUCAUUAGAACUCGAUCCAUGGCUGCUUAGAACCCAGCCUGCGCUGCUGCCCGCUCUGCGAAUGAGCCACGGGGCUCCCAGCUGGCUUGGUGUUUCGCCUGUGACCCCGAUUGAGAUCUCGCCGCGCCCCACGCUCCUCCUCCAGGAGUUUCAAUCAAAAGCCGGUCGCCCUUGCCCAUCCAAACUGUGGCCUUUCCGCCGAUGUUGAUAUCACGUGAGAGUGCAUUCGCGUCCUCUGUCAAGUCUCCGUCUUCCUUCCGCAGUUUCUUGAUCCAUGUGUUUCGCCCGAGUGCCCCAGGUUCGCCACCUUCCAUUCCGUACGGUUGCCGGGUUCGACGCUUCGGCGUUAAUUAGCGAGGGCAAAGAGAAACUGGGACAUGACACACUUCAGACAUGAACGACACUUGCAAUGGUUCGAGAAACUCCAGCUCCCGGAUGACUCCAUCACCACCCCGGAAUUCACCCUGACCACCUGAUCCUGCCCUCAGGCCAAACUGGUGCAGGAUUACUGGAUACCGGCGUUCUAUGAUUUCAACGUCCCC